GGCGUUCCUCAACUGUCUUCUCUUCGCACAAAAAAUAGUUCCCAUUAUAAAUGGUUUCAUCUCAACCUCCUAACUCCACUCUAUAAUCUCGCAAUUCUUUCUGGGUUUUGCACUCUCCCCUAUUUUUCCUGUCGUCUCCGAUUUUUUCUCUCUCUUCUAUAUUAUUUCCUCCACUUUUGUUGGGAGAUUUUCCUCUGUCUUGCAAUCGCAUCCGAUUUAAAGUGGUGCAUUAUGUCGUCUUACACCCCAAAGAAUAUUCUUAUUACUGGUGCGGCUGGAUUCAUUGCAUCCCAUGUCGCAAAUCGGCUCAUUAGGAGUUACCCAGAUUACAAGAUUGUCGUGCUUGACAAGCUUGAUUACUGCUCAAACCUUAAAAAUUUGCGCCCUUCCCAAUCAUCCCCUAAUUUCAAAUUCGUCAAGGGGGAUAUUGCUAGUGCCGAUCUUGUAAACUACCUUCUCAUCACCGAGUCCAUUGAUACGAUUAUGCACUUUGCAGCACAAACCCAUGUUGACAAUUCUUUUGGUAAUAGCUUUGAGUUCACCAAGAACAACAUUUAUGGGACCCAUGUCCUCCUAGAAGCCUGUAAGGUGACUGGGCAAAUUAGGAGAUUCAUCCAUGUUAGUACAGAUGAGGUUUAUGGAGAGACAGAUGAGGAUGCUGUUGUGGGUAAUCAUGAAGCUUCUCAGCUUCUUCCAACAAAUCCUUACUCUGCUACAAAAGCUGGUGCUGAGAUGCUUGUUAUGGCUUACGGCAGAUCAUAUGGUUUGCCAGUUAUUACAACCAGAGGAAACAAUGUGUAUGGACCUAACCAGUUUCCUGAGAAAUUGAUCCCAAAGUUCAUUCUUUUGGCCAUGAGGGGUAAGCCACUUCCAAUUCAUGGUGAUGGAUCUAAUGUGAGAAGCUAUCUCUACUGUGAGGAUGUUGCAGAGGCCUUUGAGGUCAUUCUCCACAAGGGAGAAGUUGGUCAUGUGUACAACAUUGGAACAAAGAAGGAAAGGAGGGUCAUUGAUGUGGCCACAGAUGUAUGCAAACUGUUCUCAAAGGAUCCAGAUGCAAGCAUCAAGUUUGUUGAGAACCGGCCUUUUAAUGACCAGAGGUACUUCCUUGAUGAUGAGAAAUUGAAGAUUUUAGGAUGGUCAGAGCGUACCACAUGGGAAGAGGGCCUGAAGAAGACAAUGGAGUGGUAUACCAGUAAUCCUGAUUGGUGGGGUGAUGUCUCAGGAGCAUUGCUUCCUCACCCAAGGAUGCUGAUGAUGCCAGGUGGCAUUGAGAGGCAUGUUGAAGAAGCAGAUGAGAAUGGUGCUGCUUCUUCAGAAUUUACCAAAACCCAGACUAGGAUGGUGGUACCUAUUACCAAGAAUACAGUCAGUUCUCCUCGUAAGCCGUGUUUCAAGUUCUUGAUCUAUGGUAGAACUGGCUGGAUUGGUGGUGUUCUUGGGCAGUUGUGUGAAAAGCAAGAGAUUGCCUUUGAGUAUGGAAAGGGGCGUUUGGAAAACCGAGAAUCUCUUAUUGCUGAUAUCCAGAAUGUGAAGCCUACUCACGUGUUUAAUGCUGCUGGUGUGACCGGUAGACCUAAUGUUGACUGGUGUGAAUCUCACAAACCAGAGACGAUUCGUGCCAAUGUUGUUGGUACUUUGACCUUGGCUGAUGUGUGUAGAGAGCAUGGGCUUCUGAUGAUGAAUUUUGCCACUGGUUGCAUCUUUGAGUAUGAUGCUACACAUCCUAUGGGAUCUGGAAUUGGCUUCAAGGAGGAGGAUACACCAAACUUUGCUGGUUCUUUCUACUCAAAGACAAAGGCUAUGGUUGAGGAGCUGCUGAAAGAGUAUGAUAAUGUGUGCACCCUUAGGGUGAGAAUGCCCAUAUCUUCUGACCUGAACAACCCACGAAACUUCAUAACAAAGAUCUCUCGCUACAGUAAGGUGGUAGACAUUCCGAACAGCAUGACUGUUUUGGACGAGCUUCUACCCAUUUCCAUUGAGAUGGCAAAGAGGAAUCUGAGAGGAAUUUGGAACUUCACAAACCCAGGAGUGGUUAGCCACAAUGAGAUUCUAGAGAUGUACAAGAAUUACAUGGACCCAGAAUUCAAGUGGGCUAACUUCACAAUUGAAGAACAAGCCAAAGUUAUUGUUGCUGCAAGAAGCAACAAUGAGAUGGAUGCCUCCAAGUUGAAAAAGGAAUUCCCUGAAUUGCUCAGUAUUAAGGAUUCAUUAAUCAAGUAUGUUUUUGAGCCAAACAAGAAGACUAACUAUUCUGCUUGAGAGUUGAGAGUGAUUCUGGAAAAUCCUGCUUUCAGUAAGCAGUUAGCAGGAUAGGAUUUUAUUUUAUUUUAUUUUAUUUUAUACCAGUAGCCAGUAGCCAGUAGGCAAUGUGGGUUGCUUAGCUAUAUUCCUUUGCAUUCAUUAUUUUAGCUUCAUCUUGUGUUAUUUCUUUCUAUUUACCUAGAUUUUCUCUAGAAUUAUUUUUAUUAGGUGUUCAAUUUUUACACAGCUCUUUUUUUUUCUUUUUUUUUUCUUUUCUUUUUAACGUCUUUCGGUUUAAAUGUGGGAAUUCGAAAAGAGAUACUCGUAGUUUGUUUACAUAUAUAUAACAGUUCUCAUGUGUAAUAUUUAUAAAUCUACUGUUGAUUUUGUUCCAUAAGAAUAUUUUUGCAUCUUCA